GUCAAAGGAACGGCCAUCUUUGAUGAGGGCAGAGCUCACGUUGCAUUGAAGAAGAAACCUCGGGGAGGUCUGGAGCUGUCUUUCCUUCCCUCCCUACCCGGCGGCUCCUCCACUCUUGCUACCUGCAGGGAUCAGCGGACAGCAUCCUCCGGAGAAGACAAGGUUCUUUAACGAAGCACCACUGACUUGCUGGCCCAAGCGCCCAGCAACCCCCCACCAGUACCAUGGCCGAAGACGCAGACAUGCGCAAUGAGCUGGAGGAGAUGCAGAGGAGGGCUGACCAGCUGGCUGAUGAGUCCCUGGAAAGCACCCGUCGCAUGCUGCAGCUGGUUGAAGAGAGUAAAGAUGCUGGCAUCAGGACUUUGGUUAUGUUGGAUGAGCAAGGCGAACAACUCGAUCGUGUCGAAGAAGGCAUGAACCAUAUCAACCAAGACAUGAAGGAGGCCGAGAAAAAUUUAAAAGAUUUAGGCAAAUGCUGUGGCCUUUUCAUAUGUCCUUGUAACAAGUAGGUACUGGGUACCAGCUCUAAUCUGUGGCGUCCAGUUUUCUUCCUUUCUUUCUUUUUCUUUCUUCCUUCCUUCCUUUUUUUUUUUGUUUUUCUUUUUUAAUGUCAAAGUGAAUGUCUGAAGUUUUGUCUUUUUUUUCUUUGUCCUUUUCCAUCUGCUUCAUUCUGUGGGGAUAAAAUACUUGUGUUUAAUCAGAACAACUGGAACGCAUUGAGGAAGGGAUGGACCAAAUCAAUAAGGACAUGAAAGAAGCAGAAAAGAAUUUGACGGACCUAGGAAAAUUCUGCGGGCUUUGUGUGUGUCCCUGUAACAAGCUUAAAUCCAGUGAUGCUUACAAAAAAGCCUGGGGCAAUAAUCAGGAUGGAGUAGUGGCCAGCCAGCCUGCCCGUGUGGUGGAUGAACGGGAGCAGAUGGCCAUCAGUGGUGGCUUCAUCCGCAGGGUAACAAAUGAUGCCCGGGAAAAUGAGAUGGAUGAGAACCUGGAGCAGGUGAGCGGCAUCAUCGGAAACCUCCGCCAUAUGGCUCUAGACAUGGGCAAUGAGAUUGACACCCAGAAUCGCCAGAUCGACAGGAUCAUGGAGAAGGCUGAUUCCAACAAAACCAGAAUUGAUGAAGCCAACCAACGUGCAACAAAGAUGCUGGGAAGUGGUUAAAUUUGCCCUUCUGCUGUGCUCUCCUCCAAAUGUUGUUGGACAAGAGAGCUCCUUCAUGCUUCUCUCAUGGUAUUACCUAGUAGGUCUUGCACAUACACACACACACACACACACACACACACACACACACACACACACACACACAGAGUCAGUCACCCCCAUUGUAAAUGUCCUGUGUGCUCUGUCAGCUUCCCAAUGAUACCAUGUGUUUUUUGUUUUUCUCUGGCUCUCUUUCUUUCCAAAGGCUGUACAUAGUGGUCAUCUGGUGGCUCUAAUUCCUAACUUAAGAUGUCUUGGGUCUCGUUUUUUUUUUUUUCUUUUCUCAGUGGCGUUUGCUGAAUGACAACAAUUUAGGAAUGCUCAAUGUGCUGUUGAUUUUCUCAAUACACAGUAUUGUUCUUGUAAAACUGUGACAUUCCACAGAGCUACUGCCACAAUCCUUUCUUAGGGUGUCAGGCUCUGAAUCUCUCCAAAUGUGCUGUCUUUGGUUCCUCAUGGCUAUUCUUUGUCUUUAUGAUUUCAUAAUUAGACAAUGUGAAAUUACAUAACAGGCAUUGCACUAAAAGUGAUGUGAUUUAUGCAUUUAUGCAUGAGAACUAAAUAGACUUUUAGAUUCCUACUUAAACAAAAACUUUCCAUGACAGUAGCAUACUGACAAGAAAACACACAACAGCAACAAUAACAAAGCAACAACUACGCAUGCUCAGUAUUGGGACACUGUCAAGAUUAAGUCAUACCAGCAAAACCUGCAGCUGUGUCACCUUCUUUCUGUCAACCUACAGACUUACUGAUUAUAAUCAUCCCAUUUUCUUUUUUUCACAUAUACAUACACACACACACACACACACAAAGUGGAUUUAACACACCAUUAAUCAUUUCUAGCAAAAUAUGUGUUUGGCUGAAACUAUGUGAAAUGGAUGUAAUAUAGGGUUUGUCGAAUGCUUUUGAAAGCUAUGUUUUGGAGACAAUACUCUUGCUAUGUGGAAAACGUGAAGAUCUUCUACGUCUGGCUCUUGUUAAUCACCAUCUCCCCGUGGUUUGUCAUCAGUACAAUUCUCUGUUGCUUAAUCUAGAGCUAUGCACACCAAAUUGCUGAGAUGUUUAGUAGCUGAUAAAGAAACCUUUAAAAAAUUAUAUAAAUGAAUGAAAUAUAGAUAAACUGUGAGAUAAAUAUCAUUACAGCAUGUAUAUUAAAUCCCUCCUGUCUCCUCUGUUGGUUUGUGAAGUGAUUUGACAUUUUGUAGCUAGUUUAAAAUUAUUAAAAAUUAUAGAUCACAGC